AUGAAUUCAACGCUGGCUAACGUGACCGGGGUGAGACCCGAUCCUCACACUCAACAAGGUCUGGUCACAACCAUCGGCUCACAAUCAACUCUUCUUGUCAUUUUCGGCCUUUUGGCCUCCUAUUUGUUCUACGCCAAAAAUGCGAAAUCUUCCAAGUAUGCGAACCUGCCUCUCCCCCCAGGCCCUCCUCGUCUACCUCUCAUUGGGAACAUGUUCAACAACCCGGAUCGUCUGCGUUGGAUCGUUCAUUACCUGUGGAAGCUCGACUACGGCCCAGUCGUCUACCUGAAUGUGUUUGGAAAUCCAAUCAUCGUUUUGACGACGGUAGAGGCCGCGCACGAUCUCAUCAACAAGCGCGCCUCCAAAUAUGCCGGACGCCCGUUGAGUGUCAUUGGUGGCGAGUUACUUGCAAAGGGUUACAACAUGGCUUUUCGCCAGUACGACUCUCGAACACGCUUGCACCAAAGGCUGCAUGUUCCCGGACUGAACCCGCGAUCUGCAAAUGUUUACCAGCCCAUCCACAAGCUUGAGUCUCUUGAGCUCCUCCACGACAUGAUUCAAGACUCGAAGUUCGACUCUAAACCUAAUGAAAAGACAAUUGGAUCGUUGCAAGAGUCAGUAGAGCAAGAAACAAAACCGCAGGACCCCCGUUUGCACUUCCAACGGGCUGCAGGAAGCAGCAUGAACGCCAUCAUGUUUGGCAGACGCCUUGUCAAGGGAGACCCUGACUCUGACGCCAAAAUGGACUUUUUCAAUACUUGCCCGACCCUAAAUAUUAUUGAAAAGAUCACACUAGUCGACAUCUUCCCUUUUCUGAAGCACAUUCCUCACGUCAUCUCUCCUUGGAAACGGGUCGCUGAGCCCCUGUUCGAAAUCGAAAAGGAAUUUCACCUCAAGAACUUGCACAACGCUUUGGAGCAACCCGGGUACAAUCUGUCGAAACAGAUUCUCGAUAGCGCGAAGCGCCUGGACCCCGACAUGAGCGAGACAGAAGUAGCAUGGGUGCUUGGAGCCCUUUUCAUCGCCAACAGUGACACGAGCCCCAGCUUCCUAUGCUGGCUCGUCGUCAUGAUGAUCAACCAUCCGCAGGUUAUUCGAAAAGCUCAAUCCAUACUGGAUGAAGUCGUUGGCCACGACCGCUUACCGAUGUACGAAGACCGUGCGCAAAUGGUUUAUAUCGACGCUAUCAUCGACGAAGUCUUCCGCUGGCGCCCGAUUCUUCCUACGGGGCUCGAACACAGCUCCACGGAGGAAGAUGAAUACAAUGGAUACAGGAUCCCCAAGAACUCCAUCAUGAUCAUCUCUCAAUGGGCAAUGGCAAGAGAUAAGGCCGCUUUCGGUGCUGAUGCCGAUGAAUUUAGACCGGAGCGCUGGAUGGAGCGAGAUGACUUGCCAACCGUGGUCUUUGGGCACGGGAGAAGAACAUGCCCGGGGAGACACGUUGCGCGGGAUGCACUUUGGAUCAUGGUGGCGCGCCUCCUCUGGGCUUUUGACAUGGAAGCACCCUUUGUACCGAACACGACAAGGAGAAAGAUCAUUGAUGAGAUGGCUAUGCCGACGCAUGGCAUCAUUAUCGGACCGUCGCCUUUUGAGGCCGUUUUCAGGCCGAGAGGCGAGUGGGUUGAGAGGGUGGUCCAGAAAGACUUUGAAGAGGCGGAUUUCGAUUUGGGCAAGAUUAUGGAACAGGUUGCAGUUUCCAAAGGUUUUCAGUAA